AUGUUCUUGCAGAGUUUUCCUGACCAAGAUGUCCUGGGCCAGGCUUUUGAAGAUGCAUUAGAAGUACUGCAGCAGCACUCUGACAGAGAAAUGCAGUAUUCACCAGGUUAUAAAAAUUGCCUGACUGUGAUCAACCAUCACCACCACCUCCGAGCAAAUCCCAGUUACUGUGUGGCACCAUCUACGGAGGAGCAAGGGUAUAGCUGGAGAAAUAACAGUGCAGCGGAUUUUUAUGCAGAUGAGACUGUCUACCAUACACUGCAGAAUACUCCAGAAAGUCAAGUGAUGCAUCCUGCUGCUGGCCAACCAAAACCAGGGAAAGGUAGAAAAAAACUGCGACUAUUCGAGUACCUCCAUGAGUCCCUGUAUGAUCCAGCAAUGGCAAACUGCAUCCAAUGGGUGGAUAAGCCAAAUGGUGUCUUCCAGUUUGUCUCCAAAAACAAGGAGAAACUUGCAGAACUGUGGGGAGAAAGAAAGGGAAACCGCAAGAUCAUGACAUAUCAGAAAAUGGCCAGAGCACUGAGGAAUUAUGGAAGAACAGGCGAAAUAAUUAAAAUUCGUAGGAAGCUGACGUACCAGUUCAGUGCUGUUGUUCUAAAGAGACUUGCUCCAUCUUAUUUCUUAGGAAAAGAAACAGUUUAUCAUCCCUACAUUCAGUCUAAUCAAGAAUAUCAGUGUGCAGAUGACUGGACCAGUUACAAUAAUUACAUGUACAACAAUGGUUAUGCAUUGCAGCAUUCUAACAGCUAG